UUCAUAUUUGAUUGAAUGUGAACGUGAAGGGGUAAUAGUCAGUUUUAGUAAGAGAAGAAAGUGAGAACUCACAGCAGAGAUGAGAAGCUGAUCACACCUUGACAGAUGGACUCUUUCGCUAUGGAAUCUUCAUCUUUCCUGGAGAAGAUGAUCUGCAGGAUCCUGCUGCUCAUCAUCCUCACCUCAUGUGUCUCUGGAUCAUUUGUAGUCAAUGUGACACAGACCUCCUAUCAGGCAGAGGAGAACCACAACAUCACACUGGAGUGGACGUUCACCACCAAACCUGACAGAUCCUCCAAAACUCUCAACAUCCUCUGUGAACACUUCAUCAGCGAUAAACUCUCAGUCCUGUUUCAUGUUCAUGAAGGUGUUGAGGUGUCAGAGUCUCAGGAUGCAAAGUUUUCAGGACGAGUCCAGAGUGACAAAGACGCCCUCAGAGAAGGACGAAUCAGACUUCAACUGUCCAGACUCAGGACUGAUGACUCGGGUCUGUACCUGUGUGAGGUCAACACUGAUUAUGGCUUCAGUGUUGGAAGAUGUCGACUCAACAUCACUGCAUUUUCUGAUCAGCUCCAACCUCAGAGACCAACAACAAACUCAACAGCAGAAAAUGAGGGAAUGAUUGGUUUCUACAUUUUAAUGGGAGUGUCAGCAGCUCUGCUGGCUGUGUUUGUAAUACUUAUUUAUUUCAGAAAUAAAGCCAGGACACAGAACUCUGUAGCAGAAGUACAGAUGCUGAGCUUCUUAUAGUAACAACCCAUCAGUACUAACAGGAACCUACAGUCCACACAUCUAUCAGAAAGAUUCAUCACAAAACAUAAAGCUUCAGACACAAGUUUAUUCUGCUCUAAACUCGUAACCGCCAGAUGACAUUGCUGAUGUAACACCAGGAGAUUUGAGUUAGCUGAUUUAACACAGAAAUUAGUGAACCAGUUUCAUCUGUAAUAUUAAUGUAAAUUUUGUUUAUUAUUGUUUAUUCUUUUUACACCGGGCAGAUAAACAAAAAAGGGGUGAGAGGUAUAUUUUGAGUGGCACAGAGGGUGGCCAACAUAUUUUUUUUGCUUACCUUUAAUAAAGUCGGUCACGUAGACUCUACGUGAUCGCCGAUUAUGCGAGUGGUUAUUGAAGCCGAUGGUAUGGUGUUCCGGGGUUCAAAUAGUGGGUUCGCGCGCGCUUGAAAAGGUCACGUGAACUGCAUUAUUUUUGUUGUGUUUAUUUUGUUAUUGUGAAACACUGUAGGCUGCCUGGAAGUGGCCAUAAAUGUCUGUAUAUACAUAUAUAUGUAUUGUAGGAAUACAGCUGGAAAUAAGCUGAGGAAAAAAGAGUGUUUGGGAAAAGAAAUAAUAAAGGGAUGACUAGUAUGCCUAGUGGGAGGGGCAAUGGGGUAUAAAAGGAGGCUGUCAGGGCCUACCUGGGCAUUCUGUGAGAUGUUACAGUAAGGGUAGCAUGCAGACUGACCACUUGUGUUUUCUAUAUAGAUGUUUGUUUUGUUUUGAAUUAAGUUAGUUGUUUAUUUUCUUUGUAAAUAAUCUUUUGUGCACCUAGGAGGCCAGCAGAAUAAACUAUCCACGCUGAACGCUUCCUGACUAUGCCUGCAUUUGUUCGAGAGAAGUUUAGGAGAGGACCCCGUGACACCAAUCAAGAUGGUUUGGGAUGAGAUGGACGGCAGAGUGAAGGCAAACGGACCAAUGAGUGCUCAGCAUCUCUGGGAAGUCCUUCAAGACUGUUGGAAAACCGAUUCAG